AUGACCAAGGUCGCUAUCGUUUUCUACUCCACCUGGGGCCACAUUGCCAAGCUGGCAGAGGCCGAGAAGAAGGGCAUUGAGGCCGCUGGAGGACAGGCUGAUCUCUACCAAAUCGCCGAGACCCUCUCCGAGGAUGUGCUAGCGAAGAUGCACGCUCCUCCCAAGACCGAUUACCCCAUUGCUGAACCCGCAACGCUCCUUGAAUACGAUGCCGUUCUCUUUGGUAUCCCAACCCGUUUCGGAAACUUCCCCGCUCAAUGGAAGACCUUCUGGGACAAGACCGGUGGCAUCUGGGCUAGCGGUGGUUACUGGGGCAAGUCCGCUGGUCUCUUCAUUGCCACCGGCACUCAGGGUGGUGGACAAGAGUCCACUGCCAUCGCUGUCAUGAGCACUCUGGCUCACCACGGCUUCAGCUACCUUCCUCUUGGUUACAAGCACUCCUUUGGCCAGCUAGCCAACCUUAAUGAAGUCCACGGUGGAAGCCCAUGGGGUGCUGGUACUUUUGCCGGCCCUGAUGGCAGCCGCCAACCUAGUGCGUUGGAGCUUGAAAUUGCUGAGAUCCAAGGCAAAUCCUUCUACGAGCGCGUCAAGUCCACAUGA